AUGACGGUUCAUGAUUAUCCUACCUUUUCCGACUCGCCGUUCUUCUUCGACAACCGAUUCUUGUCCAUCCCCGAGGAUGAAGCUGCGAUAGUCCGGCCUCAUUCUUUACCCAAGGUAUCCUACUAUCAUCCCAAAGGUGUGGGCGAAUAUCACUAUGGGGACCGCCACCCUAUGCGUCCCUUCCGAUUAGAACUCACCACCCAAUUAGCCCUAGCUUAUUCACUACACGAAAGAAUGACCAUCCAUUCCCCUCGAUUAGCCACAUCAGAAGAAAUGACAAUGUAUCAUUCUGAGGAUUACGUAGACUUCCUCCAACGCGUAUUGCCCGCUUCGAAAUCCGCCAUAAAACUCAAGAAUCUAUUGGAAUACGGUGAAAAGAAAUAUAAUGUCGGUAAUGAUUGCCCUGUCUUCAGCGAUGUGUUUGAAUUUUGUCAGAAAUAUACAGGAGGGAGUUUAGCAGCUGCUAAGAGGUUGGUCAGUGAGGGAACGGAUAUUGCUAUUAAUUGGAGUGGGGGUUUACAUCAUGCAAAAAAAGGAGAAGCGAGUGGAUUUUGUUUUAUAAAUGAUAUUGUUUUAGCUAUUUUAGAAUUACUCAGGGUUCACCCAAGAGUACUUUACAUCGAUAUCGAUAUUCAUCACGGUGACGGUGUUCAAGAUGCUUUUUACCUUUCCGAUCGUGUCCUCACAGUUUCUUUCCAUAAAUACGGCGGACUUUUCUUUCCCGGUACUGGUGGUCUUUCAGAGACAGGUGCAAAAGAUGGUAAAAACUUCGCCAUCAACGUUCCUCUGAAAGAUGGGAUAGAUGAUGAAUCAUACAUUUCAUUAUUCAAGAAUAUCAUAGAACCCACAAUUUCCCGUUUUCGACCUUCUGCUAUAGUACUUCAAUGUGGAGCCGAUAGUCUAGGUGCGGAUAGAUUAGGAACUUUCAACCUCUCAAUAGCAGCUCAUGGAGAAUGUGUCAGAUUCGUCAAAUCUUUCGGAUUACCAUUACUCGUUUUGGGUGGAGGAGGAUAUAGGAUUUCUUCAGUCGCUAGAUGUUGGGCGUACGAAACUGGUAUUUUGACUGGAGUCAAGAUGCCUGAUCAAUUACCAAGGACAAAAUAUCAUGAAUAUUACGCACCGGAUUAUUCUUUACAUCCUCCUUUAGCUGGAGGAAAGGAGAAUAAGAAUAGUCCUGUUGAUUUGGAGAAGAUAAGAUUCGCUGUUAUGGAGAAAUUGAGGUAUAUUGCCGCGGCACCGAGUGUUCAGAUGCAGGAGAUACCACCUGGCUUGGAGGAUUUGUUGAAGACUAGGCAGGAUGAUUAG